CUACAUUUUGCUAAUGUUUCAGCUAAAAGGCGAUUUUGAAUGGAGGAGGUUUUCGUUAGGAUCCCAGGGCCGUCUGGUCGUCUCCCUCUCACCACACCGUGGUCCACGUUCGGGACCACGCCUUCCUUCACUCUAUCCCUCAGGGAACGUUUUGGCAAACAGGACAAUUUCCUACACCGGUCCCUCCCCUAUCUGCCUUCUUUAAAUACUCACCCAGUCCUUCACUGGGUGCUGGGUCAUUGUCACUAACAGGGUCAACGCCAUCUGUCCACAGCCACGUGGACAUUUAAGCUGCAGUUCUAAAACAUGGACUAUUGUGAACAAAGAGGACUUUGGGUGCUGGGCUUCACAUCGAGAUUCUGUAUGAGUGUGCUUUCCUUCUAGCUCUGUUAGUCACGCAGUGCUUUGCUUCUAAGACGUGCAAGAGCGGAUGUUAAAGUAACUUUAAGUUAAAGUAAUAUUAGAGCAGCCUGUGCUAGUUUUGUUAGCCGUGCUCAUGCUUAGCUUCACUCAUGUCUAGCCGUGCUUAGCUGGGUUCAUGCUUACUGUGCUUAAUAUUAGUCACGCGAUGCUUAGCAUCGAAGUUGUGCAGUGUGCCAGUUACUUUCAUACAGUAUAGUUGUCCUCUGUUAGUACAGUACGUCUGGUGUCGGGUCACUUUUGGGUUGAAAGUUUGGACUUUUGUUCACUUUUUAGUUUCUUUUGGUUUCACGUCUGCAGUAGGGGCUGACUUUUCCUUAACUGGACUUCUGAUUUUUUGACUCUGACUUGGGUCCCAGGAACUUUCACAGACUUGAUCCACCAUCUUGUAUGGUGAGUCACAACAGUUUUGCUUUGUAAAUGAACCACCUAGCAUAUAAAUGCACAUUCAAAUGACAGGAGACUUAAACCGUGAUCACCCAUCCCACUUUGUGAUUUUGGAAACAUGUGGAUCUGCUGUAUUUUCUUCCAAAUUUGGCUGCUCUCUGGCUUUACAGUUAACGGUUUGGUUGACGUGGCGCUCACUGGAACGGCAACUCAGUCAUCGACGUUUGGUUAUGGUUACGCUUCUAAUGCCAUCGAUGGGAACACAGACUCAUACUAUUAUGAUGGCUCCUGCAGCCACACCAACCCUGGCGUUGGCAACUGGUGGAGCGUGCUUCUGCCGGGUGUGUACAGGAUCGAUACAAUCAGCAUCACCAACAGAAAUGAAUUUCCUAGCAGGAUAAAUGGCGCAGAGAUCCUGAUUGGCAAGAACCUAGAGAACAACGGCAACAACAACCCAAUAUGUGCUGUUAUCUCCUCCAUCCCCACUGGAGGCACCAGCAGCUUCAACUGCAGUGGGAUGAUAGGUCGACUGGUCAACGUGUUUCUCCCAGCUAAUAAUCCCUUGACAAUGUGUGAGGUGCAAGUGUUUGGAGUCUUGGCUGCUCCCUUCCCGUCCUUCGGCACGGUGGUGAGCGGUAGGAACGUCGCUGUGGUGCAAAUGCAGCUGUGCUGGUCGGACGCUCUGUUCUACUGCAGAGACUUCUACUGGGACCUGUUCAGCGUUCGCGGCGAGCAGGAUCAGCAGGAGUUGGAGGAGGUGCUGGGAGCGACCUCCUUCCCUCUCACCCGCCUCGUUUGGCUGGGACUCCGCAGGUACCUGUUGGCGGGGACGUGGUUCUGGAUGCCUGGUGAGCCUGCAAACUACACCAACUGGGAGACAAACGUUGUGUGGCAAAUCACCAGUCCAUGUGGAGGCAUUGAAACCAAGAACAGCUUCUACUGGCGGGAUCAUCCAUGUAGCGAUUCCCUUAACUUCAUCUGUCUGACAGAUGUUCAGAGAGAUGUAGAUUGUGUGGAAUUCUUCAGCAGCACCAGACCACAAACCUAGAAACCGUUUCCAUGAGCACAAACUGAUCUAAUCGUUGGUUUUCAGUUUAUUCUAUCAAACCAAAAUGUCUGAUAUUUAAAAUGCACCUUUAAAAUGGAAAUGAUUAUUGUCUCUUUUGUUUUUUACAAUGUUAUUGUAGAUGAAUGUUCACACAAGGCAGCUUAGUGAUUGUUACCCAGUACAACUCCUUAUACCGUAACACCUUAUCUUGUAACACAUCCAUAUUUCAUUUCUACUUUGUAGCAUAUUGAAAAGUUUAUACAUUUUUAAAUAGUGUGUUAUUGAUUAAGCAUUAACAGCCUCGGCUUGAAGGGAACAUGACAUUGUACCACUGCUUUGACCCCACACCCUGUAACCUUAAACGGACAAACCUUUGGUUUGUAAAUGACAACAUUACCAUAUACAACGCAAAUAUGAAUUGAUUUUCAUAUGCCCUGCUCUUAUCAUGUUGUAACCUUUAGCCUGUAGAUACAUGUAGGUAGGAAGUGGAGGGGAAGAUCAGCACAACUCCUUUAUCAAUAAAAGUAAAAUUAUUAAAAAUAUUAUAUAUUAUAAUAAUUAAACUAAUCUGAGUACUUGUUACUCAAUAUGUGAUACUCAUCAUCCUGGGGAGGUUGUCUGGAAGUUGGAGCCCUGAACAGAGGUGGAGGCCUCACACUCAGCCUUUUUUCCUUUUUAUCUUGCUCCGUUUCAUCUGUCCUCAUGAAGAUCAAGUUCAACCACCCUGAAAAAUAAUGAACCAAUGGUGGCGGGUGGAGUCACAGUAGGUGAGAGUUUCACAAUAAAUAUUCUAAUAGGUAUUAGAAAAGUUGUAUUGCAGUUUGCUUUUCGAACUCUGGGAUUGAGAUCGCUAAUCAACGCCGUCAUUGUCUUCAGAUGGAGGGCUGUGACACAUAGACACCUGUGCUGCAGAUCCUGGAGUGUUUUAUUCGGCCACAGCAGGAGACCAACCACACUGUUCGUACACCCCUCCUCCGCCUGUAACAACUAGCUGCGUCAGCUCAUAAACAACACAAAUCUGAUUUGUUGACGUCGAUUCAGGACCAGAGGCAAGAACCAA